AUGAUGUGGACAAAAUCCCUGGUGAGGAAGAGCAUGUGCAUUCUCAUUUUGUUGUCAAUGUCAGCUUUGGCAGCCACAGACUUGGUUGAAGGCCAACACCGUCGACUUCUUCAGGUUCCUGGUGAUGCCGCAGAGGAAGAUCAUCAUUUUCAGAUAUCUGAUAUAUUCAAAAGGCUUGACAUUAUUAUGGUUGUAAUUAUCUCUGUCAUUGUUUUGACCAUUGUCUCCUUCUUCCUAUAUCGCUUCCAUCGUUUACGCUUCAAAAAAGAACCCCGUGCCUCACCACAAGAACCGAUGGCUUUUAUAUCAACCAGAAUGGUUUUAUAUAACCUUGACUAG